AUUUAAUUCACAUCAAUGGCUUUAAGUCCUAAGGGAAAGAAGGCUAAGGGGAAGAAGGUGGCACCUGCCCCUUCUGUGGCCAAAAAACAUGAGGCCAAGAAAGUUGUAAACCCCCUUUUUGAGAAGAGGCCAAAGAACUUCGGCAUUGGCCAGGAUAUUCAGCCCAAGCGUGAUUUGACACGUUUUGUGAAAUGGCCUCGUUAUAUCCGCCUGCAGAGGCAGCGCUCCAUCCUUUACAAGCGUCUGAAGGUUCCCCCUGCAAUCAACCAGUUCACCCAGGCUCUGGACCGCCAGACUGCCACACAGCUGUUCAAGCUGGCCCACAAGUACAGGCCAGAGACCAAACAGGAGAAGAAGCAGAGGCUGUUGGCCCGUGCUGAGCAGAAGGCUGCUGGGAAGGGAGAUACCCCAACCAAGAGGCCCCCUGUCCUUCGUGCAGGUGUUAACACCGUCACUUCCCUGGUGGAGAGCAAGAAGGCCCAGCUGGUCAUCAUUGCCCACGAUGUGGAUCCAAUUGAGCUUGUCGUUUUCCUGCCAGCUCUGUGCCGCAAGAUGGGUGUCCCAUACUGUAUUGUCAAGGGCAAGGCAAGACUGGGCAGACUGGUGCACAGAAAGACAUGCACAUCAGUCGCCUUCACACAGACUAACCCUGAGGAUAAAGGUGCACUUGCCAAGCUUGUGGAAGCCAUCAAGACCAACUACAAUGACAGAUAUGAGGAGAUCCGUCGUCACUGGGGAGGUGGCAUCAUGGGCCCCAAGUCCACAGCCCGCAUUGCAAAACUCGAGAAGGCAAAGGCUAAGGAAUUGGCUACCAAGCUUGGUUAAAUUGUUUGGAAUAAAAAAUUUAUGUCCUAA